UAUAAACAGAGGCGCUGGGCCCGGCCACACUCAGUUCAUCUUCAGUCGCCGUCUGGCUUGUUGGCUUUUGGUUCUUGGCCAUCUACAGGGUCUGCUAGCAGGUGUGUGUAUUUCAAGGAUAUUUAAACGAGGCGAGGAUUCAUCUACACAGAGCCAAGAAUAUUGAAGAAAACUUUUAAAGCUACUUUCAAAAUGCGCUUCUUUGCUCUGUCAACGCUACUGGUGGUCUCUCUGGCCGCCGUCCAGGCCCAUCCCGAUGCCAGUGGACUGGCCGUAGAAAUUCAGAAGCAGAGGCUGAUUAAAUUUCCGGAGGAAUUCGAGGCCAAUGCGCCGCCGCCGUCGGAUAAGGCGGACGAGGCCAAGCGCAUUCUCGAGCAGAUCGCCAAGGUGAACGAGGCCUUCGGGUAUGUGAAGAAGCAGCCGGAGCAACCCAAGCUGCCCCCGAUCCUAGACUCCAGUCAGUAUCUGUUCCCCAAGCCGGCGCAGCAUCCGUUCCACUCCCAGCAGCACCAUUUCUCGGGCAGCAACGGCCAGACCUUGCUGGAGCCCUCGAUCAGAGCUGUGAAGCUCACCGGCAACUACAACCUCCCACCCAGAUUGCGUCAGACCCAUGAAAGCUCCUCCAACGAGGUCAAUAAGUCCAAGGAGCAGCUCUACUUCCGACCCAACAGAGUGGAGGUCCCACGGCCCAGUUCCCCGGAGGAGGCCCAGCAGUUGCCCGCCCACUUUGUCAUUCCCGUGCACUUGUACAAGCUGAACAAGGAUCAGUACCUUAAGGAGCAUGCCUCGCAGGAGUACCGGGUCAAGGGCUACAAGAUCAUCGGUGAUGUGGACAGCUUCUAUGGAAAGGCCAAGACUGGCAGGAAGCAGACCAAGACCACUCCCAAAUAUCAUCUGUUCUUCCUGCCCCGAGAACUGGCCCUCAACGAGGAUGGCACACCAAAGAGGGGAAACACUACCACAACUACUACCAAAGCUCCCGGCUCUCCUGGGGUCUUCAGCUUUAAGGAAUCUCGACUGGACUCGCGCGAAAAGCCCUCACCAAAGCCCCUCAGGACUCAGCCCAGCUUGGCUCCGGAACAGAACUCGGGAAAUCGCAAGAAAGUUAUUGCUACCAGCAAGCCAGUCCGCGUUAGUGGCAAGGAUGCAGAGCAACCCAGCUCCACUACAGCUCCCAUUUUCCUAAGUUCCACCCUACCUCCUUCCGGCGGCCUGCUUCCCAACCGAAAUCGCUUGAAUCCCUUCCGGGUGCCUGGCGUAAAUCUCGCCGAAAUGCAAAACCAAACCUCGGCGGCCAUCAAGAAUGCUUUCAGCAACAUAUUCAAGCUGCCCUUCCGGUCACCCGCGACAGGAGGAGCUCCUGUGAUUGUGGGAAGCCUUCCCACCAAGAAUCAGAUUAGCGAUUCCCAGGACUACAAGUGGGACGAUGAGAACGAGGGCGGCGGCGAUGGCAACUCAGAUGAUGUGGACACCGUUGAAAAUACGGCUGCCGAGCUACAGGACUCCAGUGCCUCCUCGGAGAAGCAUCUGUUUGCCCACAAGGCCCAUCAUUUAGUGCACACGGUCGGCCAGGUGGCCACCGCCCAGCAGAGUACCCAGAAACAGGCGCUCCGUGAGGGGGGAAUCAUCAUACAGCGACUGAAGGUGCGCAAGGGAGGCAUCGCCAUUGCCGGGCCGGGCGGUGUGGCCACUGCCGGCAGCGGUGGCACAGCCAUUGUGGGUCCCGGCGGCUAUGCCCUCACCCAUCCACGUAGUCUCACAAUCGCCGGACCCGGAGCCAAGGUGAUCUCCAUACCGGCGAAUGUGGACCUGAAAGAUGCGCUCGCCCGCACUGAUCUGGAGGCCAGGAGUUUCCCCCGUGAGGGCAAAGUGGUGGCCACCGGACCCACCGUCUACUACGCUCCGCCCACGGCAACGAUGGAGGCCGAUGAAGAAGAGGAGGAGGGGGAUCAAGGACCGGGGGCUAUUUGAGUCUAUUGUUUGCACUUUUAGUUAGGUUCCCUAGUUGGUAUUCUUUAGUUUUUUAAUAAAUUCGUGUACUUUCCUAACCGUC